GAACGUGCAGAAGGUAACUUUACGUUUUCUGAGGUUUGCAUUCAUCAGAACCAUCAAAUAUGCAUUUUCUUAAAGUCGCAGUGCUCCUUGUAGCAGUUCUUGCUGCAGUGUUCGGAACCAGCAUGGCCAAGGGUCAUGGUGGUGGUCAUGGUCAUGGUCAUGGAGGCGGUCAUGGAGGUGGAAAGGGUCAUGGCGGCAAAGGUCAUGGUGGUGGCCAUGGGGGCAAGGGACACGGAGGCCAUGGUGGCGGACACGGGGGCAAAGGACAUGGAGGCGGCCAUGGAGGAAAGGGGCACCAUGGAUAAACAUAGCAGCUG